CGGUUGGAUCUUACAUCUGAAAUUAGAAGUGCAUGAAAUGAAGACUAUUGGAUUGAUUCAGAUAGUAGUAAUGAGUCUCUUGGUAGUCCAUUAUGGACAAACAGCACUGCGCCGAGUAGACAAGGGAAAUUGGCUGCACGUUGUUGCAAAUAGCCAUCGACCAAAUUUCUUGAAGGAAAUCAUGACCAUUUUACGGGAACUCAAGAAGAUGAAACUCAAACAAUUUGCCAUCAACUAUCAGCCUAGCCUUCGCACGAGCUCUAACUCAAGCUCUARUUCAAAGUCUAGCUCUAAAGCCCUCGUUGUUCCUAAGAACUGUGCAGAAGUACUGAAACGUGGCAAUAAACAAAGUGGAGUGUACAAGAUAGAUCCUGAUGGCAAAGGUGCAUUUCAGGUUUACUGUGACCAGAAGACCGCUGGAGGAGGAUGGACAGUUUUUCAGAAAAGACAAGACGGUUCAGUGAAAUUCUAUCGAGGAUGGAACGACUACAAGAAAGGCUUUGGAAAUCUCAAAGGCGAGUUCUGGUUGGGUCUCGAUAAGAUCCACCGACUUACUCGCCAAACAAAGAACAGACUUCGUGUUGACCUGCAAGAUGUCAAAGGAAAGAGCGCGUAUGCUGAGUACAGCUUCUUUUCUGUGGCCAAUGAACGAAGCAAGUACAAACUGAGUCUUGGGACCUAUAAAGGCACUGCAGGGAAUUCAUUGUCCGAACAUCGCGGUAUGUCCUUCUCAACCAAAGAUCGUGAUAAUGAUAAGGUGAGGAGUAACUGUGCUGUAUCGUACAAGGGUGCCUGGUGGUAUCAUAGCUGCCAUUACUCCAACCUCAAUGGUCUGUACCACCACGGUAAACACAAGUCCUAUGCUGACGGUGUGAACUGGCGUACUUGGAAGGGUUAUAACUAUUCUGCCAAGAGAGCCGAGAUGAAGAUAAGACCAGUGUAGUGCCAUUGAAAGUUUAUGGUAAUGACUGAGUUAAGAAUAAACAUGACUUCAACUCAUUA